UGCAGAGGGUGUAACCGGUGCUGUGUGCCUGCGAGCUGUAGAGAGGGAGAGAGCGGCAGAGAGAGAGGGAGUGAGUGAGAGAGGAGAGAGCUAAUGCGAGACUUGCAGCAGCAGCAGCAGCACAUGCUUAUUGGGAGCUAUAGAUAAUGCAUCAUCCCAUCACUCCUUUUAUUAUCGAUACGAUAUAAAGAGCCUGCACAAGCGCACAAUACUGACUGCUGAGAGCCGGCCAAGUGGAGCCUUCAUCCCACCCCAAUUACUCAUCGUCUUCUUCUUCUUCUUCUCCUUCCUGGGAAGUUUGCAGGAUCGCACGAGUAGCGGCUGCAGCUCGGGGAACAGCGCUUUGCCCAUGAAAGCGAGAGAGAGGGCGGGCACGCCAGCAUAGAGGCGCGUUGCGGUGCCACCUUAAGAGUGCCAGUCCGAGCGUGCAGGGGAAACACUCAGCCGGCCUUUGCAUAAGCCGGGCGGAUUUAAGGAAGACCGGCGGACGGACAGAGAGAGAGCAUUUCCCUAUUUAGCCCUAAUGUACCAUGAAUAGGUGAACUUUCUUUUGGAUGCUUUUCGAGGGAUCGCACCAAGCCAAGCCAUGAUGUAUUCUCCUAUCUGCCUGACUCAGAAAACGGUGUCACUCAUUAAGGCUCCCUCCCUCCCAACCUAUCUCGGAGACACUAGUAUUUUAUCGAAUGUCUAUGGCAGCCCAUUGCUACAGGAGACGUUAGAAGAACGUUUCCCCGCACCGUUCUCCCCAGUGGAUGAAUUCCAUCCAUUUAUCGAGGCACUUCUUCCACAUGUCCGUGCAAUUGCCUAUACUUGGUUCAACCUCCAAGCCCGAAAACGCAAGUACUUCAAGAAGCAUGAGAAGCGGAUGUCAAAGGACGAAGAAAGGGCAGUCAAGGAUGAACUGUUGAGCGAGAAGCCAGAAAUCAAACAGAAAUGGGCGUCCAGGCUCCUGGCCAAGCUGCGCAAAGACAUCCGCCAGGAGUACCGUGAGGAUUUUGUGCUCACUGUAACGGGAAAGAAGCACCCCUGCUGCGUGCUAUCCAACCCUGACCAGAAAGGCAAGAUCAGGCGGAUCGACUGUCUGCGGCAGGCUGACAAGGUCUGGCGCCUGGAUCUGGUCAUGGUCAUCCUCUUCAAAGGCAUACCCCUGGAAAGUACAGAUGGGGAGCGACUUGUCAAAUCGCCACAUUGCACCAACCCUGCACUUUGCGUCCAGCCACAUCAUAUAACGGUAUCGGUCAAGGAGCUUGAUUUGUUCUUGGCAUACUACGUACAGGACCAAGAUCCUGGACAAUCAGGAAGUCCAAGCCACAAUGAUCCUGCCAAGAAUCCACCAGGGUACCUUGAAGACAGUUUUAUUAAAUCUGGAGUCUUUAAUGUCUCAGAGCUUGUGCGAGUUUCUCGAACACCCAUAACACAGGGUUCUGGUGUGAAUUUUCCAAUUGGAGAGCCACUAAGCCAGCCAUACUACCAUGAUAUGAACUCGACAGUUAGCUUACAGAGGUCAUUGUCCUCCCCACCGAGCAGCAAACGACCCAAGACCAUUUCUAUAGAUGAGAACAUGGAACCAAGCCCAACAGGGGAUUUCUACCCUUCUCCCAACUCACCAGCAACGGGAAGUAGGACAUGGCAUGAUCGAGAUCAAGAUAUGUCCUCUCCCACAAUGAAGAAACCUGAAAAGCCAUUGUUUAGCCCGACAUCUCCACAGGAUUCUUCAUCAAGAUUGAGCAGUUUUCCACAGCAUCACCACCCAGGAAUUCCAGGAGUAGGACAUAGUGUCAUCUCAACCAGGACGUCACCCUCCCCUUUGCCAUUUUCAGCACAAGCAAUUCUUCCUCCUGCCCCAUCUUCCUACUUUUCUCACCCCACGAUCAGAUAUCCUCCUCACCUGAACCCCCAGGAUGCCUUGAAAAACUAUGUUCCUUCUUAUGACCCGUCCAGCCCUCAAACAAGCCAGCCUAACAGCAGCGGGCAAGUUGUCGGAAAGGUGCCCGGCCACUUCACUCCUGUGUUGGCGCCAUCCCCACAUCAUGGCGCAGUGAGACCAGUUACCCUAACCAUGACAGACACUAAACCCAUUACUACAUCCACUGAAGCCUAUACAGCCUCUGGCACAUCGCAAGCUAACAGAUAUGUGGGACUGAGCCCAAGAGAUCCAGCCUUCCUACACCAGCAACAGCUGAGGAUUUGUGACUGGACCAUGAAUCAAAACGGCAGGCAUUUAUACCCCAGUGCCAGUGACGAUACAUUGGGAAUAACUUGGCAAAGUCCUGGUACCUGGGCUAGUUUGGUUCCUUUUCAAGUAUCGAACAGAACAGGAAUCCUGCCAAGCAGUGUCCAAAAUUAUGGACUGAAUUUCGUUGCAGAACCCUUUCUUCAAGCGGAAACAAGCAACUGAGGAAAAUUUCUGAAAAAUACACAAAACUGAACAAAGAGAAGAAAGGACGACGGGGAAAAAAAAACAAAAUGAAAAAAAAAAAACUUUAAAAAAAAAACUUAAGAAAGAGAAGAUAAAUUGACCAGCAUUUGCAGCACUUACAAUCACUGAUUCCUUUAACCUUUAUAAGUACUUGCAGGACCUGUGACACAUUGCAAAGCAAUGCUUUUCAGGCCUCUAGAAACAUAAGGGGUUAACGCAGAAGCAGUCAUGACACUGAGAGGGUGGCAAAUAUAUUUUCACAGAUGGGUAGAAUGGAACUCCUGCUAAACUAGCCUUUGUUAUCUGAUGUCUGCUGGGAAAUAGGCACUCUUUCUCCAUGACCGUAUAUUUUAUAUGAAUUUUCUAGAUGCCUUAAUAAUUGCAUGAUAAGCUAGUGCUGUUUGGUUUUAGUCUUCUUGUUGUUUACGCAUGGGAACAUUUUCCCAGUUUUUCUCAUGAAACAAAGGCUGUGAGGUAGCAACAAAGCUGCGAAAAAAACAGGCCUCAGGGCCCCCCCCACAUACAAAUCAACUGGUUUUUUAAGGUUGUCAUAUUUACAGCAUGUAAACAAGAUAAUUACAUAACUUUCAAUCACUGAUAUCAGUCAAGAAGAGAUCUAAGUUCAGUGUGCUACCUAAUCUGCAACGUCAGAGAAUCUGUGCCCAUCAAUGCCUUCGUACUCGUACAGGGUUACCAGCUUAAUGAGUCAGUGGUGGAGGUGAAUUGUCUGGCCACAAUCGAAUAGUUAGAGGCAAGCGCUACUGAGAUAAUAAAUUCAUUAUGGGCCAUUAAAAAGAGUCAGAAAGCCCUCAGACUCUAAACAGAGGGCAUGAAAAAGCUAAUACCUGUUCUCCGCUAGAGGGAACCUACGUUUUUCUAGGUUCUGCCUCUGGUUCUUAAGGGUAAACAUAGAAAAAAAGUGUAUUUUAUACCUUCAGUGAAUGAGGGCUAUUUAAAAGAAAAGCGGCAAAUACAGACAACUCAAGUGUUUAAGGGAAUGAAAUGAAUAGACACGUAGCACUUAUCAUGGUUAGGCUGCCCCUAGGGAUCUGAGUGUUUUAUUUAUUUAUACGUACUAGAUGUAUUGGGAUAAUAAGAGUCAGCACUAAUAACAAGUUACAGGCAUUAAGUUCAAGUUUGCAGCUUGCAAAGUGGAAGCAGUCACAGUAAAAUGAACGUGCACUUUUGCUGAAACCUGCCAUUCAAGCUGUGCUGAAUCUUGCACGGUGCUGCCAAUAAUGCGCUUUUCAACAGAGAUUAUUACACGUGAUCACACAGAAUAGGCAUCUCUGUUAUAAAAGAACAAUAUUAUUAAUUAAUCUCUCCAGUAGAUCAGAUUUGCACGGAAAUAUAAUGUCCACUUUACGUGCCUUGCCUUGAAUUAUAAAAAAAAAAAAAAAGUGACAUCACUCCACUUCUUUUGCUGCAUUUAUUAUCAUUUGAAAUCUAUACCAUUUUUAUGGCAGAAUAUUUUGUACUCCAGAGGGGGAAAAUUAAGUGACAUCCUGGAUUUUUUAGACAGUUAAACCUUCUCACAUUUAUAAAACAUAUCAUGGCUGUGUAUAAUUGCCGCUUAAAAAAUGUAAUCAACCAGCAAUAUUUUCAGUAUUUUGGUGUUUUUUCUAUUAACCUUUCAUGUUUUUCAUCUUCCAGUUAAUAAUGGGAAGGAGGGAGGGGGGCAGGUAUGGGGUUGAAAUUUUUACGAAUUAUGCAAUACCAAGUUUUGCCUAUGUAGGUAGUGCUUUUAGCAGUAUUUGGUUAUUUUAGGUAAUUUCGCAGAUAAAAAAAAAAAGAAAAGGACAAAAAAACACAAGAAUUUAAUGUAUGUUUUUUUUUUUCAAUUGACCAAAGUGGGUACUGCUGUUUUUGCAGUGUGAUAAGGUCCUUUUGUGUACUGACAUGAAGAGGGAAUUUUGUUUUUAUAUAUAUGCGUAUAAAUAUAUAUAUAAAUAUAUAUAUUAUGGGAGGGAGGGAGGGCGAAAUGAAUACUAAGGUCUUUACACUGCUGCAUUAGGCAGCAUGCCCAUAGAGGGGUCCAUGACUGCAAAGUAAUGCUUAGUAGGGUGCCAUUUUUAUUUUCAUGCAGAAUAUUUUUUUCAGAUAGAAUUCAGCUGGAAUUUGUAUUGUUUCACAGUGCUUGUCUUUAAAACUCAACUCCCAAAAUAUUUUUCAUUUGGACUACAUGCUGCAGCAUAUUUGUUUUUAUGGAGUGACCACUAAAAGCUAAUCAGAGAGUCUACAGCAUUUUUCACCAGCACUGUAUUGGUCAGUAGUGCUGCUUAUAAUGGUUAAUUUGCAUAAUGCCAUUCUGUAGGUUAUAGCUCAGUUAUCUGAUAUUUUAUAACCCUUGGUAUAACUCUAUUUAUUACCGUAUUCUAAUUAAUUUUGAUGUAUUAAUUACUUAAACAAAUCCUAGGUAGCCUAGCAAGAGCCAAUCACUUUUAUAUCAGCUAGCAUUAUAUGGUGAUUUUGUUUGACUCACUCAAAUGCAUUUUGUGAAAACAAAUUGAGUAGCACAGCAGGAACAUGUCCAAAUGCAAAUAUGAUCCACAGAGAUAAUUAUCUUGAAUACCAGUACUUGCAUUAAUUUGUUUACUGUACUGGGAUACACGUAAGGACAAUCAUUAUUGUACAAAAACCCCUUUAAAAAGGCAAAAUAUAUUUGAGAAUAUUUGACAUCUUUGGUCUUCUAAAGAUAUAUUUAAUAAUUACUUGGAAAACCUGGUAGGGUGCUAGUGCUUCCACAGCAGUUUACAUGAUUUUAGCACUGAAUAUAUAUUUUUUUCUAUUUUCAAUAAAAUGCAGUCUUUCAUGAGAUCAAAUGUAUUCCAACAAAAUUAGAAAAAAACUGCUAGGCCCAAAAAUUGCCUUUUUAACAGAUAUGUUUUUUGUUUCAAUGUUGUUGCUAUUCUCUGAGUGUAAGUCAGAAACAUUAUAUACAGCGGCUCCUCCUAAUCAAUACAGAAACAACUCCAAUUUUAUGUGCACUGUACUGACUCUGAUAUUACUUUGCAGUCCUGGCCUCUUUGCCAUUGCCCCUAAUUUUGUGUGUCCCCUAGUUUGACAUGAACAUUUACAGGCUUAGUUAUUGAAAGGGAAUAACAGAAAAGGAGACUCUACAUAAAAUCAUGGCAAACCAAUUGAACUGAAUCAAAUAGUAUAGCAAUAUAGCUAUGGGGAAAUAUUCAGCUGGGCAGCUUGGAAAAAAAAAUAUGUGAAUAAAUCUGUGAAGCUGUUAAGUAGCAAGAAGUGAGGGUCUUUGUAAUGAACCGUAUAGACAGUUAUUUGUACACUGUAUAGUUUUAAGAUUUUUUUUGAAUUACAUGUGCCCUCAUUUGUUAAGCUACCUUUUAGCAUUUGUAAUGGGAAUAUAAUUAUUUCCAUUUUUAAGUAAACAAGAAUAUUGCUUGUUUUGGAACUGGACUUGGGUUAAAACUCGCUGGUUCCUUAAUUUAUGUAUUAGAAUUUUCUUUUUUUAAGUUUUAAAAAUACUGUCCAUGCUAGGGAUUGUUUCAGAUCUGCCUAUGCUUGAAAAGUAUAGGUUACUAAUCUAAUUAAAAUGUAAAUGGAGAAAAGUUAUAUUUUAUGAAGGUUAUUUUGUUGUAUUUAGUAUUUGAAAAGUUGGUUUUUGGAACAUUUCAGAAUGUUGGAAGCUACACUGUCUUUUUAUUAGUAUAUAUGUCCUCUAGCAAACAGAAUUAUGUGAUUGUUACAUGUUGGUAUUUAAGAUUAGGUUAAAGAAAAGCAUUCAGGAAAGAGCAAAAAAGAAAUAACAGAACAAUACAUUUUAGUGUCUCACACGACCAUGUCCUCAGGGAGCAUAAUUUUGGGUUUGCAACUUGUAGCUUCACAAGGACUCUAUGGAAAGUACAGAACAUAUCCAUCAGUGACACUACCCAUUAUAUUUUGCAUUUUUAAAGAUAGGCUGGUGAAAACAAAAUGCCAGAUGGGGAUAUCUGGGUAUGGUAGAUAACGAUCAGAUCUGUUAGUCUCUGUUAGUGGAUAUUGCGCAUCACUUCUUACAGUUUGGGCACUUCCAUAAAACGUAAGGGCUGUGUGGAAUAGAAAUGGCUAUAGAAGGUUAUUCAAUAUUACUUAUACAUAAUUCAUGGACAAUAAAAUAUAUCUUUGCUGGCAGUUUGGCCCAAAAUGACAUCCAGUAUAGUUUAUUAUGAGGGUUUUUUGUUAACAUACACCCGCUUCAUUCUUGCUUCCUGUUUUUUUUUGUAAUAAAUUCCACUGAUUUAAAUUUCCAGGCUGUGCAAAUGUACCAGAAAUGGCCCACAACAGAACAUUCUACUCCAUUUAUAUUGAAGGAACAAAUGUCGUCCUUCAGAAUUGCACUUUCUGCUAGUUUCCCUGUUUUGUUUCCCUGUUCCCCAACCUAAUUGCAUAGGCCUAUUGGAGCACUGCAGUUGUAGUGUAACAGCUGGAGUUGCCCUUUGGCCUUUCACAAUGAUCUGUGCAUCAGCCAAUCUUAUUGCCAUGACAACCCUUUAUAUUGUUUUCAUGCCACAGCUUUGUUGGUCACAUUUUUAUUACAUAAGGGGGACAAAAGAACUAGCUGGAUACGGUCAAUUUUUACAAUUUUUGUUUUGCAAUUUUUAUUUCCUUCAAUGGUUGUAAGUAGUUUUUCUAUGAUAAAAGGUUCAGUAGUUAUUACUCUUUAGAAAUAUCUGUGUGUUGCAAUUAAAAUGUAUGUUGAAUUAGUAAAAUAAAGAGCUUUAGUGUCACUGGCUGUGAGUUGUUUGACUUAAUCUUUUUUGUUGUGUUAAUUGCAUGAUAAUUACAAUUUUAUUUUAUCAAUGGCUUUUAGGGUAGGCUAUCAACAUCAGCUGGUGACACUAAAGCUGGUGUUUGUAAAACUUUAUUUUUGAAAGAAUGGUUUUUGGAAUUGUGCUACAGGGACUGAUGUAGCAACAUGUAUCUUAUUUGGGAAGGAAAUUUUUGUGUGUUUUUUUAAGAAGUAUGGCUUAUUAUGCAUUUUUCAUUGAGGGCAUUGAAGUUGCACGGACUGAUAAACGUUAAUGCAAAAUGAGAACGAAAAAAAAAACCAGCAAAAUGUUUACCAAAUACUCAAAAUAAGUUAGCAGUGCCUGUUCAAUUUCACAGUCUCUGUUGAGUACAGUUGUAAAUAUAUUUCAGAUAGCAUUUUCUUCUUCACAAAUAAUUAAUUUGAAAAACAAAAAAAAACAACAAAAACACUUCUACAUCAUAUAGAAUACUAGGGAGUAACUCAGUCCAAGUCCUGGACUUCUAAAAUAGUUUAAUUGGAUGAGGCAAUCUUCAUCAAGCUGUUUUGUUGUGCUUCUCAUAUAGGACUUUUUGGAAGCUUGGGAGAAAGUUACCCCAAUAUCAAUGAUAUUUCUCUGAGAACAACCUUUUGUAGGACUGUGUGUUUCUUUAGAUAAUUUAGUACAACUGUAGGUGACUAGUAGUCAGUUUAUUGCUUGCUAGCUACACACCAGGGUUGAUCCAUUUUAAAACUUUUGGCACAUACCUUUUUAACAGAUGAUCGAUGACAUGCUGAUCUUGGGCAAUAUUUUUCGUAAUUGGGCACCUUCAUUUUUAUCAGUGAAUAUCUUGAGCACUAGCCCAUCUUUGAAACUCUGAGAGCUCAUAAUUAGUUAUUUUCUUCCUGUGUGCUGAGAUCUCUUCAUUCAAGCACUUUAACUGAUUCUAUUUGUGAAGAAAAGUCCAUCUCAAGGUUUACUGAUAGUCUUGAAGUGGGCAGUAUAUGUUUCCAGUGGGGGGUGGGGGCCAGUAACACUGAUUUCUCUGAAUUCUCUAUUAUAUGGACUCCUACUAGAACACAGAGACAGAAAUUAAAGUUUAACAUGUCAGGGUGCUGAAUAAUUAUGCUCUUCUGGGUAAUUUCUUCAUAUGUAACAAAUUAGCUCCAUUUUGCCACAAGUUUUAAACUGGUGUAAAUCAAGCUUGACUUAUGUGAUUGUUACUGUUAUAUCCAGCCUAUACUGCUAGCAGCUGCUCAUACUGCAGUCAAUUACUGGAAGCGGAUAUAUUUCCUAUGCAAAAACUGUUUAAACAAUAAAUGAGCUAUGCUACAGA